AUGGCUCGCCUUUCAUUCAACACUGGAAGGCGUCUUCUUGGCAUCGGCCAGACUGUGGCAGGCGUCUCCGCCACUGGUGCUGCUGGCUUCUGGUUCUGGACACGCAAGAGUCAAUUCGAAGAGUUUGGACCCGAAACCGACAAUCUUUUCCGCCACCCUAUCCUCAAGCAGAUCAACCCUUACAACAAUCCCGAUUCUCACGACAUGUGCGUACGGAGGGUGCCGUUCUCGCAGCUCAAAGCGGAACUACUCGAAGAUGCUCAACAGGGAGGGAGCAAGCUAGUCGAGGCAUACAGCGGUGGGAUGUGGGGACGAUACGGGUAUACUGUUCAGCGGAAGAUUAUGGAGUAUUUUAAAGAUGAGAGCAACGCGGAAGAUGUAUGGACCAAGGAGGACCUUCUCAAAAGCACAUAUGAGCCAGGCACAUUCAUCACAAAUCACUUUCACGUGUUAGAAAAGACACCCCAGUCCCUGACAAUCCGAGCCUGCCUCUACCCUCGACAAGACACACCGACACCGGUCCAUGUGGACAACAUGUUGGAGCUCCGAGUAGACCUGGACAAGGAGAAGAACGUGGCAGUCUUUCAGAUGAAGAUGAUAACAUUCGAUGGGGAAAAGGGGGCGUCGCAAAAACCAGAUCCGUUUGGUGGAUUUGCAGGAUUCCUGCACCGACAGUAUUCGCUGUUGCUGAUGCAGGCGGCGACUGGACACUGUAUGCAGUAG